GUAAAGGUGAGAAUCAGCCGAGUCAACAAAGCACAGCAGCUGCAGGAACCGAGCAAAUAUGACCACCCUCUUCUCCAGAUAUCCUACUGGCAGGGAUGUCCAGGUGAAGAGCAUGGAGCAGGCAGUGAAGGAUGCAGAGAAGUACCUGGGGGAGAUCUGCUCCCUGCUGGCCUCCUACACCAGGAAGACGGCCAGACUCAGAGACAAGGCCGACCUGCUGGUGGCUCAGCUCUUUGAAUUCUCCAGCAGAGAGGACCCCGAGCUGCAGAGCGGCCUGAAGAACCUGGCCGAGGACCUGGCCAUGGUGCAGGACUACAGGCAGGCUCAGGUUGAGAGACUGGAGACAAGAGUUGUCGCUCCUCUAAAAGCCUAUGGAGAAGUAGUUAAGAAUAAAAGGGCAGAUCUGAAGAAGUUCAGCACGGAUCUGAACAGAGAGCUGAAGGAGAUCCAGAAACUGGAGAAAAUCCGACUGCGGAACCCAGCAGAUCGACAGAGCAUCUCUCAGGCAGAAGUAAAUGCUCAGAAGGCGUCGAACAAUGCCCAGCGCAGCAUCAGACAGCUGGAGGAGAGCAUCACAGACUUCCAGAGGCAGAAACUGGAGGAUAUCAAA